AAAAUGUUGGAUCUAGAAUUUUUAAGUAAUUCGAAAUAUUUUAGCAUUAUUUUGUUGUAAAAACAUAAUCUCGCAAAAGAAAAUAGCAGUUUUCUUUUUAAUUAUAUUUAAUGUAACAUUUCUUGCAGAAAUUUCACAAUCGUAAAAGAUCAUAUUAUAAUUUAUAUUUCAAAUGUGUAUAGCCGCGAAAGACUGUAAGUACAUAAAACAAAUUCUGAAAAUCCCUAGUUUUCGACCAAUGAUAACGUAGGUAUAUUAAGAAAUCUGGAUGUCCAUAGAAAAUAGAAAACUUCUUGUCAUAAAACCAAUGAAAACAUAACUUGCAUACAAGGUAAAACUUGGUAAAACUGGAAGUCAAGCCUUUCUACCGUAUAUACACGUUGUACUUUAUGCAUGAAUAUGCAAUAUCAAAACAGUAGACUAAGGCGUGCGAUAAACACAUAAAAGUAUUGGAAUAUUCCCAUUAAAUGUUCCGUAAUAAAGAGAAUGACGUACAACGAGAACAAAAAGUAUCACAGCUCGUGUACACGAGCAGAAAUGAAAUUUGACUGACCGAUGAUUUAAACAAAUAAAUCAACCGGCAUGAACCGUGCUUAAAGGCGUUGUCAAUGUAAUAGACAUUUAUCAUAUUACUAGCUGCAAUCAUUUCUAAAGUGGUUCUUCAAAUUUUCAAUCGUAAUUUUCUGUGUGCAAAUUGAUGCAAAUAUCUUUCUCUUGAUUAUUAUAUGGAUGCGUUCAAGCAUCCAUGUGGAUGAAAGUAAAAGAAGAAUGUAUAUUUAUAUCGCGAAUAGUUUUGCCAGCUGAUUGUCAUCUAAACGCAUCAUGUGAAGGAUGUGCCGUGAGAAAUUUUAGAUUAUACCAUCCAUAUAAUUACCAUAGUAACGAGUAUCAUACUCUGAUUUAUAUUUUAUGAACUUUCAACUGGAGGUAGAAACAGAGUGGAGACAUCAACGAGUCUCUUGAAAGAAUGGGAAAUAAAAGUAGUUGCUGCGUUUAUUCCAGUCCUCAAGUUGGACGUAAGGAAUUAGGAACUGAAGGUGUUACCCGAGGUCUUGAGGAACAUUUACCAGAAGGUGGAAUUAGUGUUAAUAAUUUACAACAUAUUAGCGAACGUGAACCAGAAGACUGGGACUCAGAUCCAUCAUUACACCCCUGUGCUGGCACUAUUUUUAUGGAACGAUCGAAACAGGCUAUUGAAAAUGGCAUGGUAAGAAAAAAAAGUCAGCACCAAAUUGCAGAUAUAAGGCCUUUAAAAAAGAGUAGCAGUUGCAGUACAAUAUAUUUAGAUGACAGUACUGUUUCACAACCAAAUCUUAAGAAUACAGUAAAAUGCGUUGCCUUAGCUGUUUAUUACCAUAUAAAAAACAGAACCUCACAGCGACAGAUUGAUAUAUUUGAUGAGAAACUACAUCCCUUAACGAGGGAGGGUGUUUCAGAAGAUUAUGAUAAACAGAAUCCAGAACAUAAACAAAUUUACAAGUUUGUGAGGACAUUGUUUAAUGCUGCUCAACUUACAGCUGAAUGUGCCAUCAUAACAUUAGUUUACUUAGAACGUCUGCUUACCUAUGCAGAAAUAGAUAUAACACCAGCCAAUUGGAAACGAAUAGUACUUGGAGCUAUUUUAUUAGCAUCAAAAGUUUGGGAUGAUCAGGCUGUAUGGAAUGUAGAUUACUGUCAAAUUCUUAAAGAUAUUACAGUAGAAGAUAUGAAUGAAUUAGAAAGGCAAUUCUUGGAAAUGCUACAGUUCAAUAUAAACGUUCCUUCAAGCGUGUAUGCUAAAUAUUAUUUUGAUCUUCGCACGCUCGCAGAAGCAAAUGAAUUAACAUUCCCUAGUGAACCCCUCAGUAAAGAAAAAGCUCAGAAAUUGGAAGCUAUGUCCAGAGUUUAUGAAGACAAAGUUACUGCUGAAGCUUUACGUACUGGUAUUAAAAGAUGGUCAAGUUUAGAUAACAUAUGCAUAGGUGGACCUAGACGUAGUAUUGCCAUUCUAUCCUAAAUUUUGGAUAUAAGUAGGUACAUUACUUAUAUCCAUACAUUCUCAAUCAAGGUACGUGAACAAGAAAAAGGUUUGCAGACCUAUUUCUAAUAUAGUAUUAAUCAAUUUCAAAUUUUCAUAAGCAUAUCAUUUUUAUUACUCAAUAAUUUGUAUGUACAUUCUUUUACUUAAGUAUUUUAAUGCAAUACAAGUUUUAUAAGCAUUAUUUAACGAAUGUUCAAUUCCUUUUCAAUUACGUUUGUUUGAUUGGAUUGCACAGUUCUACAUUUUUUAUAGUUUCAGUUUGUACAAUAAUAUAUUGUAAUAUCUAUAUAUAUAUAUAUUUCACUUGUUAAAAUUUGUUUUUAUGAAAAUAUUUCUAAUUUGAUUUCAAUUUGAAUUCACGUUUUAUACGAAUAAUAAAAUUAUUGAGAAUUGUCUACAGUUGCUGGGAAAAUUAAUUUUUUAAUUGGGGACCUCUUAAUAUAUUAAAGCAAAUUAUUCACUUGUUACAUAAGUAAAAGUAAUAAUAAAGUUUUUACUCUUUAAUUAACUUCUUUGAUUAAAAGGAACAAAUUGUGAUAUACGUCAGUUAUUUUCUAUUCAAAAUAGUUUGAAUUAAUUAAAUGAUUUAAUUAAUUAAAUGAUUCUAAAAAAUUCGUUAAUAAUGAUAUAGACAAAGAUGAAAAUAUUUCGCGUUAUAAAAAUUAAUUUGAAUCUAGUUUUAUCAAAUUUUUUGUGCAUUAAUGUUAUGCAUUUUAAUAAAAUUUAUUUUGAAUAAUUUCAAUAAAUAUAUUUGAGAAAUUUGUAAGUUAAAGUCUUAUUAAUUAAUAACGUGAUAUGUGUAAAGUACCUUUUUAUAUUCAAAUACUUUUCCAAAUUUGUGUUCAUAUAUAGUUUAAAUUGACAUUAGUGCGAAAUAUAAGGAAUAUAUGAAGUAAUGUAUAUUUUAUAGUAUUAGCAUAGACAUUAUAUAAAAUUUCAAAUUUUUUCAAUGUAAAUUGCGUUUAUGAUUUGUAUUAAUUUUUAUCAUUUGAUCGAUUAUCAUUUCUAAAGUGCAGAUAAAAUUCAUUACAUAUUAUUAAUCAUGUGUAAUUGAUUAUAUACAUCUUGUAUGAUCAAAAUCUUCAAUAAUUUAAAAACUAUUAUUUUUCUUCUUUAUUUUAACUAAACGAAAUUAUACAAAUAUUAUAUUGCUUCUAUCGCUAAUUUCAUAUUAGUUACAUCAGUAUCAUUAAUCUCUUUCUUUCAUACUUUCUAUGUUAUAUAUUUUGAAAAAAUGUAUUACUGAGGAUUAAUAUACUGAUAGCCUUAUACUUUUUGGUCUUAUUAGGAUACUGAUGAGCUUAUGUUUGUUUUGAAAAAUAGUAAAAUUCAUUUCUAUAAAUAUACGCAUGAAUUUAUUUAUAUUAUUUGUAAUUUUUAAAUUAUAAUAUGGCAAGAAUAUAUUUUAACGAAUUCCUUUACUUUUUGUGUAAGUAUCUCUGACAUAGUAGUAAAAGAUAUAUUAGCUACAGACAUAACAAAGAAUAUAUUAUUUGAAACAGCCAUUUACAUAUAAACAAAUCUUAAUCGCAACUGUUUCUCUUUCUCUUUCAAUUUAUAUAUAUCAAUGUUAAGUUAGAAAUUAUGUAAAUUUAUGUUUGUAAAACUUUUGAUUACUAGUGUAGAGAUAUUAAUAAUUAAUUUGUCUAUGAUAAUUUAUAAUUAAUAAAAUGAAGUAAUAAUUUGUAGCAAUUGCAGCAUUUUAAUAAAAUUUUUAGAUCAGCCUGUUUAUUAUACAAUUUAUAUAAGCAAAAUGCAACUUGCAUUUUUAAUAAUUUUCGAUUAUCUCAAAUGGUGAUAGUAUUACAUUCAAUUAAUUAGUAAAAGUCGUUUUUAAUUAACAACUUUGUAAAAUUAGUACUAAAAUUAGAAUUUAAAAUAUAUGCAUAAAUAAAAAUUAAUAUUUCACAAAAAAAUUUAAUACAUUUUAAUUUCAAUAUUUUGUUUAAUUACUUUUAGAGAUACAUAUAAAUAUCUAAGAACAUAUAAAACUUUUAUUGCAUUCAUUAAUUAAUAUGUUCUAUAAAUGUUGCAAUAGGUUUUGAUGAAUUAGUCCAAUGAAAUGUAUUAUGUUUUUUUUAAAUUUCUGAAAAAAGACUAUGUUUAUUGUGCAAUGUUCUCAUGUAAAGAAUACUUUUAAAUUAUACCCAUUUUGUAAAAAAAGUUGUAAUUAAAUUGAUGCAUGUAUUUAAACGAGUCACUUAAUUUAUUUACAAUAGUUUGGUAAUAUUUGAUACUCAGAGAUUGAAAUCACAUGAAUGUUAAAGAAUAGCAGUAAGGUAGCAUUAAUAUUGUAACCGAUUGUUUUUAUAAAAAUUAAAGUAAUCUACAUUUUUUAUUGAAUCUCAGAUACGUCAUUGUAAAGUAAUUGCAGUUUAUUUUUAUUUUUGUACUUUACUAUCAGAAAUUGAGCACACUGUUGUAAGGAAAUCUAGAAAAUAACAACUAAGUGUUAAUAUGAAAUUGUAUAAUGCCAAAAUGUAAUAGCAAAUAAGUAAUUUUGAAUGGCAUUCAUAGUGUAUUGAAAUAAGGAUAAUAUUAACAUAUCUGCACUUUUGCCUAAAAAGGACUUUUUCAUUUAUGAACACAAAAACAAAAAAAUAUAUUUUUUACUACAACAAAUGGAUUGGUUUUAUAUAUUAUAAAAGAUGAAACAAAAAAGUAAACAGAGAAAUGAUGAAAUGUAAAUAAAUGAAUGCAUUAAGACAUGCCAAAUACUUGCUUCAAAGUAGCCAAAAAAGUAUAUGCAAUACAAGUUUUGUUUGUUUGAAUAUUCUUAUUUCCCAAAGAAUUAAGAUUUACAGUUUUUUAUGCAUAGCUAUUUUUAGUAUAACUAUUUUUAUAAAUAGAAUCGCAUUGUAAAGACAAUCUUGAAGUCUGGUUGCGUCCUAUGAUAAACUGCUAUACUCUUGGUCUAUGUACUUCUCAUAAGGUUGUAUUAUAAAUGAAGUAAUUUUAUUGACACCUUGUUGUGUGCGUGUGACUACUGUAAUAUUAAUACUGAAUUGUUAUUUAUUUAAAAUUUAUUAAUGAAACUUAUUACCCCUGACCGUUGUAUAAUAUUCUAUAUAAUUUGUAUAUGUAUAAUAUAUAUUCCUCUAAAUUAUUAUUUCUAAAGAUUAUUUAUAUAAAUGAAUAUUAGUUUAUGUUCUGCUACUAUUUCAUAAUGCAUUGCUUUGUAUAAUGUAUCAAUGCAAUGGUCAAUAAGAUGUUAAUAUUUGUAGUACAAUAUAUUGUACUUGGAAGAGAAUGGUAUAACGGUAUCAACUUUCAAGUCUUCCAUUUUGACAACAGUUUCAAGAUUUUUUUCUUAGUUUACAAGAUAAUACUUCUGUGGUAUAUUGCAGUAAUGCUUCUAAAGAAAUGAAUUGUGAUACAUAGUUAUAUACACUUACUAUAGACUUAUAUAUGAUUGCUUUAAUAUAUUCAGAACAGAUGUCCGUUUUAAUUAUAAAGCAUUCUAUUGUUAAAGUGUGUCAUAUUAUGUACUACAAUUACUCUUCUUUUAUUUCUUUUCUAUAUUUUCUAAUGUUCCUAAUAUUUUAUCUGUGCUUACUUAAUACCUAAAGACAUUAUUUUCUUUUUUAUUCGUUUUAAUUAAAUCUACAUAGCAUGCAAGAUGUAUAUUAAUUAAAUUUAUGAUGUAUAAUGAUAUUAUGAAAUUUAGUUUAUUCUAUAAUUACUUGUUAUAAUAACGAAUUUAAUAAUUAUAUUUCGGAAAGUAAUAGAUGCAUUUACUAAAAAGAGACCAUAGUAGUGUAAGUUCUUUCCUUGAUGAAAAUUUUUUAUAAGUAGAGACUUUGUAAUUGAUAAGAUUUAAAUAAUACAAUUUAUAUAUAUAGAAGUAAUUUACGAAGUAAGAAGUUUAACAAUGAGUGCCCCCUGAGAUGUAUCUCUGAGUGUAUGUAUGUCAUACAUUUCAAAGGGAUAUUCGAAAAGAUUAACUCUAGCGCAUCUUAUAUAUAAUGUAUAUAACAUAUGCAAUACAAACUUGCUUCAUAUUUCGUAUAAACUUCUAACAAACUAAUAUUUUAUAAUAAUAAACUGUAUCUAAGAAAAUGUCUUGGGAUACGCAUUUGUAUUUAUAUUUUAUAUUAUAAUUUCUAAGAUUUGUCAGAAAUAAACAGAAAUAAAAAAGGA